AUGGAGCUUGCAUCAGACAGUAAGGACUUUGCCUCUGCUCUCGCUAAGACCAGAGUAGCCGAGAUGCAGGGUGCUAAGAUUGUACCCCUCCCCUCAUCUGACCGUAGGGUGGGGUUAACUCAUCUCACAGGGCAUGCAUCACCACCAUCACAGCCAUCAUCCAGGCAUACUUCACCUAAGAGUCACCAGGCCAAAGAUGGAAGUGGGUAUAGAACAACUGGGAAGUCAUGCGCUGCUGUUCCAUUUGGUCAUCCAGGACCAGAUAUUGACAAUUUUGGAGGAGAAUAUGCUGAUGAUCAAACUAUUCAAUCUACCAAAAAGAAGAAUAGGGAUACAUCUCCAAACCAGCAAGGAGGCUUUGAGGCCCUAACUCUUCAUUCUUUGCUGUAUGUAAGAGAUGGUCAUCUGAAUACCCCCAUUAUACCAGGACAUAGUAUGCCGAGACCUCAUCCUCAUCCUACUUUACAGUAUACUUCAGGAGGAAGAGACAGACUGGUGCAUAAUACCUACUUGGUUGGUCGUAUGUUCUGGUUGGAUGAUGCAGCUAGGUCUGAUGUGUGUUGGGGAACCACUCAACCAAACUUUGACUAUGUACAGGUAUCUCCGGUGCUUCUGACCCAGUCACUCCUGGAGAGAAUGAGGAAUAAUUUCACUGUGAUUGAAGUCUGGGAUAAAAAGACAUCUGCUCAACACGACCAGUUACUAGGUAUUGCCAAGCUCCCUUUACAUCAGCUUUACAUGUCGUAUAGAGACCAAAGAAUUGGCAAGACAUUGCUCAAGUCACAGUAUCCUGUUGUAGCUGUAGACAAUGAAAUACCAAUAAAUGACCCCUUCACUGGUCAGCGCUGUGGACAGCUGACCAUACUCCUGGCUCUAGGAUCACAGCAACAGGUUUCUGCUUUACAGAGGUUGAAAUCUAUCAGACGAGAUGCUACUGAUGUACCUGAGAGACCAGUGCACUAUGGAGAGAGAGCUAAUGUUCACACUGCCGAUCAAGAAGUAGAAGACACGGGCGCAGUUGAACAUGUUUUUGAGGUAGUCAUUGAAAGCAUCCAGGGUUUGCCUCAGCUUGAAGACUCGGUAUGGGGAGAGGCAGAUUGUUUCAUCCAAUAUCACUUUCCUCAUCAACAACAACAACUACAGCAACAGCAGGAGUUCGGAGGGCUACUCCAAGACAAUAGCCUAACUCUCAGACCUCACCAUACUCCGACUACUCUAUGUGUUCCUGAUCCUGUAUUCAAUGAUGUAUGCAGACAUAGGAUAGUCUUGGUUCAAGGCACUCCAGUACAAAGGGAACUUCUCACAGCCUGUGCAGGAGUAGGAGGCCAUGCUGGAGGUAUACCAUUUGAGGUUUGGUGUCGAUUCUACUACCCUAACGUUAGGGAUCAAGUCAUUGCUAAGGCUACCCUACCAUUAGCCAAGCUAUGUGCCAUGGUAACCAUGCAGAGAAGAGGUGAGCCCAGUGUCCAGACAUUCUCAUUACCCCUUCGUACUCAUCAAGAUGACCAUCAGAGGGCAGCAGAUGAAACAGGUGCAAUGCUUCAUGACAGUGGACUAUUAGAUGUAACAGUAAGCUACAGACAGACAGUGAUCCAACACAGAACCAAUCCAUCAAGGGCGAUAGGUGCUACUGCUGGGGGUCCUCAUGUAUCCUUAGCACUCACUAUUCUUAGAGCUUGUGGUCUUAAGUCUGCAGCAACAUCUCUAGCUCGUCAUGACAACGGGAUGCAGUAUCCUAGUCAGGUUGGAGUCAAUUCAUACAUCAAGAUACAACUAUCAUUCAUGGCUAAGGAUGAGGUGCGUGUAACAAGAACCAUAGCCAGGAGUUUCUGUCCAGAGUACAACCAUCAUGUAGAGCUUCCAUGCCCCCUCCUCCUCGCACCCAGGGAGGGGGAAGAUGAUGAUGUGAUGAGUUUAGCUGAGGCAUUGGAAUCUGCUGAUCUCAUCUUACAAGUUUGGCAUCAAGUACCUGGUUUUAGAGAAGGUGAUGGUGAGAGACCACAUAUUGAAGAUGCAUUACUUAGAGGAAGUGGAGGUGGUAUGAGAGGUCAUCGGGUCAUUGCUGACACAGGAGAUAUACUGAUUGGUUCAGCUACUAUCGCACUUGUGAAGCUGUUAGCAAACAGAACUGGUCUUGAAGGUUGGUUCCCCAUCAGUCUACCACCCAUAGGUUGGGACACCACACCCCACCCUAGGCAGCAUGACCCCUUGAGUGACACACCAGAUGACACACCCCAGCCCCACACUAAGCUGCUUGACAGGGUGGCAGGAGGGGUGGAGCUAGCGGUCAAGUUUGGACAUCAAGCUGAUCGUGAGAGGGUCAUUGAUGCUGGACGUAAGGUUGGCUGGAGUCCUGAUAGUCUGGUCUUGGAAGACGCCCAAGAGAUCUGGGAUGAUGGACCCCAGGACCAAGGGUCAUCUAGUUCAUUAUCCUGUGAAGUGACCAUUGAUGUUGAUGGUGCAUGGUUCCCUGUCCAGUCAUCACUCAGACCUGGUCAAUCUCAGCUUGACCCUCACACCAAGGCUUACAUCAGAUAUAAGUUCUACGACAAAGGUGCAGUAUGUUCCAAGCUAUGUUACCUUGAUCAGACAGGAGAAGGUCAACUCUGUGCUGAUCUCAAACACUGUCAUGUUCUUCAUACCAAUCAGUCAUUACCAUUUGCUUGGUACUUACGUGAGGAACAAUUGGAGGUCCAGCUGUGGCUGAGUUACAGUACUGAACUACACAAGGAAAGCAAAGCCAGACCUCGGCAUAGAGACAGACUGAUUGGUUGUGCUUACAUUGACCUUUCUCCUCUAUGUCAUCAACGGGUCAAGAGACAUCGGGUCAGUGGUGUGUUUCCUAUGUACAAGCCAGGAUGUGCUGAUAUGGGAGGAGCAUGUCUCAGAGCUCAUGUUACUAUGAGAGUCACAUCAGAACAGAAGCCAAUAACAACUCAUCAGACGGAUCUAUGUAAGAGAAUACGGGAUGAUGAAAGCAUUGAUGAAGAAACACAACCCAAUCAAGACACCAAAGAAAGUAAAGGAGUGCAGGAGAAAGUGAAUGAAGAGGAAGGGGAUAGACAGAAGAACCAACCAGUUUGGAUGACAGUGAUAGUGGAAAGAGCGAUGCGUCUGAGUGACUUUACUGAUCCAUCAAGGGCUGAAUCCAUAUCACCAAGCUCGUAUGUAACCUUCCAGUCAGCCAUAGGUCCAUCCCCUGCUGUUACUCCUACUGUAUCAAACUCAAACAACCCUCAGUGGAAGUAUAACAGAGAUGUGGCUAUCAGUCCGCAGCUACUGGAUAAUCAGAGUCUGGUUUUCAAGAUUUGGCACCAGAUCUCUAGCAAGCAAGAUUCAACUUGUGAUCGAGUUUUGGGUUUCACAUCAGUAGAUCUAGGACCCCUGCUGGCAGGUAUAAGGUCUCUAGAUGGCUGGUAUAAUAUCAUGGACUUCUCAGGCCAGACACUUGGACAGAUCAAGAUAUCAAUUACACCAAAGGAAUCUUUAUCACCAUUGAGGCAUUCUCCAAAACAGAGAGCAAUAUUGGGAUCACCAAACAGUUCCAAUCUCUUCAGUCGUGCACCUCUUCCUCCUCCUCACUACCUCCUCCCAUCAUCCUCCAACCAUCCUGUCAGUGGUCUACCAUCCUCACAUCCUGCAGCAAGGAGUCUAGAUCACUUCCAACAGCAUCUAGAAGGGGUCAGGGAGUUCCAUGGUAAACUACAAGAGAGACUCAGAAGUCUUCAUAGAAUGGAAACAGAUACAGGGUCAUCAGAUGGUGGAACCCAACACACAGUCACUCAAGAUCCUCCAAAGAUAAGAACACAACAGAGUGACUACCAAUCUCACCUUGCAGAAAGGACACCAUCAUCAUCAUACCUCUUGGAAAACUUCAGGAAAAACAUGGAGGAAUUAGAUGAGCUUCACCAGCGUCUCAAGACCAAACUUUCAGGAGGAGAGACAUCAUCUCAAAACCCAGCAACUCAUCACCAUGGUAAUGCUGGUAGUGAUGCAGAGAGGAGGCCGAUUUCUGGAGAUGGUAAUGGUAUAGGCGCAAAGCAGGGAGGAGAGUUUAGUACUUUUGAUAAUGUGGUUGAUGACCAGACAGACUCUCAUGGGAAUGCCAAUAAUAAUCGCCAUCAUCAUCAGCAGCAUCACCAGCAGUAUGAUCAUCAAAAUCAACAUCACCAGCAAUACCAUGAUCAAGAUCAUCUUGAAGGUCAUAGAACCGUCCUCGAUGAUGGAGUAGAGAGAACUGAUUCAAGAGAUGAUGAUGAUAGAACUAGUAAUUGGAGUACGGAAGGGUAUCCCUCAGAUGAAGCGUUGCAUGGCUACACCCACAAAGAUAGAGACAAUCAUCUGGGUAAUGGUGGAGUAAUGAUGGACCUAAAGUAUGAUUAUAGCAAUAGGAGAGAGGAUACUGGUAGAGAAGAUGAUGGUGGUGAUGAUGGAGAUGGUGGUGGUGGAACACAUCAAUUCUUGGAGGAUGGAGCCACAGGGGGUGAUUAUGAAGACAGCGUGGUUUAUGUGAGACCAUUGAAUGACAUAUCAUCUCCAGCCUUCAGUAAUGGUAUCAGCGAUGAUGUCAUAAGCCCACCAUCAUCCAGACCGCGCCCCUUCCUCCCAUGUAAUGCUGUCGAGGAUGAGGUACGUUACCAUAGAGAUGGUCAACACAAAUCUAGUCAUAUGGAUGAUGACCUUUUGACAAACACUGAUAGACUAAGUGGUAGGAAUGAUGUAGAGGAAUACUCUAACAACUUUGAUUUCAUGGAAGAUAAUUACCAUGGCAACCAAAUCAGUGAUGCAUUCCAUGAUGGUAGAGGAGGAGAUGAGGAUCAUGAAGGUUUGCAGUCUUAUCAAGGCAUGGACCCCACCCACCAUGAUGGUUCUGAUGGGAUUGACAAGGUCAUGGUUGAUGAUAGCCAGGCUGAACAAGAUAAUGUCUUGCAGGGGUAUAGAACUGAUGAUCUGCAGAAUUUGGCCACACAAAGUGACCAUACCACCAGUGCAUCAGAUCAUACAGAUGUCACUUCCAACAUGGUGAGGACAAGAUCAUCUACUGGUACCAGCGGUAGUAGCCCUGAUGAUGGAGGGAUGAGAGAAGGUAACCAUGGCAGUGAUGGUAUUUUGGGGAGAGUAGGAGAUGGUGAUCUUGAUGAUGAUGAUGUUGUGGAGGAUGGCAUUGUUUUGACAUUGAAUGCUCAAGAAGCUGAACUGCAGAGACAGCAACUGGAGUUGGAGGAAGCCGAGAGAUCAGCAGCAGUCAGACCAAAGGAACACCUUAAGAACACCAUUAAUAACACACUCCCUGACUUCUUCUUGCCACCCACUGACCUUGAAGCAUCAAUGAGGGCGCUCUAUAAUACUGUAUCUGGUCCAACGUCUCAUGAAUUGAAUGCUAGAGACAGAGCAAAGUUUGAAGCAGCCCAAGAGAUGGCACAACGCCUUGGUUCAGGAGGUCAACAGAAAUCACAAGCCGCAACUCGUACUCCGCUGCCAUUCUCCUACAAACAACCUACAGCUGACCAAGCCAAAAGAAUCGCUAAGAUUUUCUCUGCUAAGUUUUAGGAAGGUGAAAUGCUGAUUUUCUGAAUUGAUAAAAUUAAAUGGAUGGUGUUACUUUUCUUCUACCAGGCAGAGAUGAUUACUAUAACAUUAUAUCUACUACGUCAUAGGACCCAGGGUCACAUUGCUAAACACAUUUUAUCAGAGAAAACUCUCCCCUUUUUGUAACAGGAUUUAUAUUUUCAGUGUUCAAGUCAAUGAUAGAAGUGUGCAGACCUGAUUUUUCAAUUUUUCCUGAAUUGUGAUAUUUUAUGAUACAGGCCGUAGCAUCUCCUUUUUUCGAGAUUUUAGGGAAAGAUCUUGGAAAAGGUUGCUGUAUUCCUCCUUUCUUUUUUCUUACACUGUAUUCAGUUUGAAAAUGAAGAAAAAUGAAGGAUAAAUGAAUUAGAUUCUGAAUUGCUCCCUUAUACAGCUUAUGUAGUUAGCAUACCCACUAAAGGCCUGCUACUGUCAUAUUAUUUCUUUGUGUCAUGUGUGAAUGAUUGUAGUCAUCAAAUUACCAACUACUUUAUACAACAUGAUUAAAGUAAGGGUGACAAACAUUUUGCCCCACCUCCUUGUUAAAAGAUUUUUUAUCGGUUUAAUGAGAUGUGAAUGCUAUUAAACAGCUCUUUUCAUUGGAUAUUGCCUCAUAAGCAAGUGUAACUUAGAUGAGAUAAAAUGAAGAUAAAUGGAUCUAAGGAUACUAGUACUGGUUUCUAGAGAUUUCCAGAGCAAUUUUCUCACUGAUUGUAACAGAGAUAUGAAAAAUGUUAUUUUUUAUCUGAGAUAAAACUAAUCUCACAAUAGCACCUGUUGAGUGUGUUAUAAAUCUUUUUGUAAGUUACAUUGGACCGUAUUCUGAAGUCGGGUUUAACAUAAACUCAGGUUUAAAGUUGUGGUUUAAGUAUGGAUAGCCAAUUGUUACAUAAAUCACUAACAGUAGAGAUAUCAUAUUUCAGCUCAUUUGACUCUUAAAUCAUUCUCAAUUUUCUAGGAAGUAUGAAUAAGAUGAUUGCCUCCACCAUUGAGGAAUCAGGAAAAAGCACAAUAAACAUAAGAAAUAUACAAUGUAAUGAAAGUUUUGACACUUUUGGCUUCCCAUAACUUUAGCACGGCGUUAGACCGUGGCCUAAGUUAAACCUGACUUCAGAAUACGGGCCAUUGACUUUACGAUCGACCCUUUCUUGUGGUAAAUUAUAUUUACCAGAUUUUGAUAGGCGUUGAUUUAGUUCCUGAGAAAGGGUCUCCUGUUGUUCACAAAGUCACUCGUAACCUAAGAACACCUUUGUAUUCAAGUAUUGAAGCUUAUAAGCUAUUGUUGGCUGCAAGUAGAAUAUUGAUGUGAAACUUAUUGGAUAGUGUCAUAUUAUCUGCCUUGAAUAUUAAGUCUUCAGUGUGCAAGGCCACCUCGCAUUUUACUCCUGAUCUUGGGUGAAUUUCAAUGUAUUUCUUAAGUUUUCAAAAGGUAUGCUAGUGAAAUUAAUCCUGAUCAUUGAGUAUUUGUGAUCCCUCUGUACUGGAGACAAUAGCUAUGCACAAUGACAUCUCGUAAAAAGUGUAUGUGUACUAAGGAAUUAAGUGCAUUUUUAUGCCCCCGUUUGUUGAUUAUUUGAUUAGAAACAAAGUGUAAUAAGCGCUAUAUAAAUGUAACUUAUUAUUUUAUGAGUAUUAUUCAUUUAGACGGACACAAUUUUUUUUGCCUUUUUCUUGCUUUAAUAUGACUAGCUUGAACAAAGAAACCGUCAAAUUAUUUUAAGGUCUCUUUAAAACUUUUUGAAACAUUUACCAAGAUGAUAGAGUAAUUAAUCAUCAAAUUAUGUUAAUGGUCUAAUUUAAGUACCUUUCUUCUUACUUUCACGGUCACACUUCUAAUUCAAAGCCAUUAGAAAAGACCCAAUACCAUUAAACAAAAGUAAAUUGUAUCGUUCAUCUUGUUAUGUUCAUAACUAAGCAAUUAAUUGUACAAGUAUGUAAAUACUGUACAAUGUAUUAGUACUGUAUUAUGAUGUUAUCUAUUUUGUUAAAAGUAUAGAAUGUGAAGCAUUUGUUAUAUUGAAUUGCUGUAUGAAAAAAAAACUAUUUACCUAUGAUCUGUACAAAUAUUGUGAAUAAAUUGAGAAUAUUAAUUUA